UGCUGUUUGCUUUAGGAACAGCUUCACGGGCACCCUGAGGAGGUUGAGGGAGCCUUGGGAGCCUCCCCUCACGGUUCUUCCUGCGACACACGAGUGUUAAAUUUAAGACACUCUUCCCCCUGCUGGCUCUCGAGAGGCGGAGGCCCUUAGUCUCGGAAGCCCAGCCCAGGAGCGUGCGUGAGCGGGGGUGGUGCCGGGAGCGUCCGCAGUCUCCCGGGGUUGGGAGCCGGGCCCGGACCCUCUCCUCGGGAUUAGAUGCGGUGGUGAUCGCUUCCCUGUGGAUUUUGGAGCCUGGAAUAAAACGGAACCCUGGGCACUGGGAAGUCCGUUCUCUGCGGAGUGAAGAGGAGCGGUGGAAGAAAUGCCCGGUGAAGCCACAGAAACCGUUCCUGCUACAGAGCAGGAGUUGCCACAGCCCCAGGCUGAGACAGUUGUGCUUCCUGCAUCUUCAGCCUUGAGUGUCACUGCUGCCGUAGGGCAGCCUGGGCCUACCCUUCCCCCUCCUUGCUCCCUGGCCCCCCAACAGAGCCCUCUUGCAACCUCUAGCCAGCCUUCCCCAUUCCUUUCUCCCUCUACUGUUGCCUCAACCCCUUUUGAAGCUCCUUUUCCCCCAUCAUCCUCUGAGUCAGCCCUGCCUCUGGGAGCUGCCCCUUUCCCUGCUGACACUCCAGCUUUCCUACCAAACCUAAUACUGUCUCUUCCCAUCUCCCCAGCUGCCUUAGCUCUGGCCUGUCCCAUGAUAACUCCAACUCUGAAGGGUUCCCAUUCCUCUUCAGCUCCCUUGGCUCUGGUGGCCUUGGCCCCACACUCGGUUCAGAAGAACCCUGCUUAUCUACCCAACCCUCUUACCUCACCUCCUUCAGUUGCUGUGGCCAAAUCAGGGUCAGUGACAUCUCCCUCAGCUCCCAUUGCUUCCUCAGAACUAAAGACCUCUCCUGUUCAAGCUCCCUCUCAAGUAGUCCUUAAUCCAAACGGUAACCCCAUUCCACCAGGUAUAGUCAGUGCUGUUCCUUCCCAUCUUGUAACUCCCUUGGCCUCUGUUCAGUCUGGAGUAGCCUCAUGUCCUCAGACACAAGCCACCACUUCCCUAGCCAUCACCUGUCAGUUCAAAGACAACCCUAUUUCCCCAGCUUUGAUUUCUCCAGAAAAUUCUGGAAGCCUCAGCUUAAAGGGACCCUUUAGUCCACCUACUGUUUUACCUCUUUCAGCCCAGUGUUUUCCUGUGGCUUCUACCAUCCCCCCAGUUUUCCCUACUUUUCUGGGCUCUCAUCUUGCACCUUUACAUCAGAGUUCUCUAGGUUGUUCUGUCCAACCUUCAGGUCAAACCGACCCUAAUGUUCUGCCGUACCCUAUAGCAGGUACCAUUUCUGCAGGUCAUCCCUCUUUCCCUUCUCAGAGAGCUGCAGUUCCUCCCCUUCCUUCUGGAAAUGGCGUGGUUCCUGCCUCUGUGGCUCCAACUUGCCCUCUGUCUCUGUCUGUUGACAAAAGCCCAUCCACUGUCACUGGCAGUGCCUCCUGCAGCCCUUGUGGCUCGUCAAGUGGGGCUUCUCCAUUAUUUCCUACAGCUGCUCUCAUUCUCAAAGGCUGCUCUGCUGCCACUCAUCAUCAGCCUUCAGUGGCCCAGAUUCCUGCUUCUCCAGGGAUUCAAGACUUGAUAGAAGCUCCUGUUUCUUUUGUUGGAACCACCCCACUUGCAGUGACUAACCCCUCUACAAUCUCUGCAGCACCUGCUGCCUUUGAGGUAGCUGCUCAUGCGUCUCCAGGUUCAUUAGGUCCCCUAAGUAGUAAGGACUCAGCUUCCCAUACUGCCUUGGUUAUGACACCUAUAGGCCCCCAAGAGCUUCCUACUCCUCAGGUAAUGACCACUCUGGGGAUACCGGUUUCUCAUCCUUUGCCAGCCAGUGACAACUCCAGAAGUCCCCCUGCAUCAGUGCUGAUAAAGUUCCGAACACAAAAAGGUCUCCAAACUGUACCUGCCUCUCCUGUAGGAGCCCCUGUUUCAUCAGGCCAGGCAGGACUCCCUGCCAAGAAAGACCCUACAGUACUACCAUCAGCCUUGGCAGCUCCAAAAAAUGCCCCUUCUCCUCAAAAUACAUCAUCAUCUCUGGAGACAUCCCUUUCUCCUGAAGCCUCCAUAUCAAAGAAAAGCCUUGUAAAUAGUCUCCCUGUAGUUUUACCAGCCAGGACUCCCUCUCCUCUGGGUGUUAAGCUCCCACCUUCUGUAAUGAAGACAGGUCCUUCUGCAAGCCCAGACCCUGCGACUUGGCUGCUUGAAAAUUACCUCACCACCCCAGCCACAUUGGCCUUUCCUUUGGAAAGGGCUGCUGCUGCUGGAGCGGCCCCUACAGCUGCUAGAGCCAUUCCCAUGCCUGUGGUUACAGGCAACUCUUCUCCAGAACGAGCUGUCUCUUCAGCUGCUAAUAAAAGUCAACUGGCCAAGAAGGGUACUUCCACUCUUCCCACCCUUAUGACUUCACCCUUGGUUCCUCCAACCUCUGGAAGUUGCCCUGUGCCUCCAGCUGUGACUUUGUCCCCCCAAAUUGUUUCUGCUUCUCGAGCUACAGUGGCACUGGCCCGUGAAAUUCUUGGGUCUGAGCCCUUUACCUCUCCUACCCCAGCUGGUACUCCUUCUCAACAUGCAGAGGAAGUUCAUGGUAUUUCUCAUAUCUUCCUAUCAGCACCUGUGGCUUCCUCUCCUGAAGGGUGCCCAGCUGAGGCCUCUGGUGCUUCUGUUACUGCGUCUUCCAAAGGAACCUACCUAACUGACUCCCCGUCUCCUUUAGGGGCUGCUAUGUCUGCUCAGACUCAAAGACCUCCAAGCAGGAAGGGCUCAGCCACUUCUACCACCUUAACUCUUGCUCCUAAGAGUGCAUCUGCUGUCCCUGAUAUUCCAGCUGGAAGUCUCUUAUCCUCUGUUUCUCCAGUUGAAGCUUCAUUUAUUCCAGAGGCCAGUAUUUCCUUUGAAGUCCCUAAAGAGUCACUAGCCAAGAAGCAUUCUCCCACUCCUCUGUCCCCCAAAGAAGCUCCCACUCUCUCAGCUCCCUCCUCACCCAAGAGAGUCACAGCAACUCCAUCCUCCAAAGAGUCUUCUGCUACCCCACCUCCCAAAUGGAACCCAGCAACCCCAUCUCCUAAAGAGACCCCCACUGCCCCAGUUGUGGCCCCUCCCGCCCCCAAAGGGACCCUUUUCCCUAAAGGGACCCCGACACUCCAGGCAGUGGCCUCUUCUGCUCCCAAAGGGACCCCAGCAACCCCAUCCCCUAAAGGGACCCCCAUACCCCUGGCUGUAGCCCCUCCUGCCCCCAAAGGAGACUCAGCAACUGAAUCCCCCCAAAGAUCCCCAACUACCCCAUCCCCCAAAGAGGUCCCUAAUUCCUCAGUUAUAGUCAUACGUACCUUGGAGUCCACUGCUCCUCAGGCAUCCAAAGGGCUCCCAGUAAAGACAGACCCCACAGCUCUCAAAACAGUACUUGUUGCUGCAGGCCCAGAAAGUGCACCAGUCAAGAUAUCUUGUACUUCAUCUUUUGUGGGCACAGAUCCCUCAGCUGAGAAUGGCACUAAAGGACCCCUUUCUGCAGUGGCUCUAGCCCCUCUACUGACAGUUUCAGCUCAGAAAGACUCUUCUCCCAAGACUCCAAAAGCCCUCCAUAUUUCUCCCUUAAAAGACACAGAUUCCUUGCAUUCCCCAAAGGAGCCCUUAGCUGCUGCUCCUGAGUCUGAGACAUCCCCCCCUCUAGCAGUAGCUAUCUCUGAGAAGGUCCUUCCUAAAGCCGGAUCAGCAUCUCUCUCUCCAGCAUGUACCCCUCCAACAGUCUCUCUGCCUUUCACGCCCUCCCCAGUUGCCCCUCUGCUCCCUAAACAGUUUCUGCCGCCCUCACCUGGACUGGUGCUGGAGUCACCCUGUAAGCCCUCAGCCCCUGCUGCCGACGAGCUGCCACCUCUGAUUCCCCCAGAACCAAUCUCACGGGGAAUGCCUUUCCAGCCGGUCCUUGUCAACAUGCCCACACCCAAACCUGCUGGGAUCCCUGCCCCAGCCCCCUCUGCCAAGCAGCCUGUUCUGAAGAACGACAAGGGGUCAGGAACAGAAUCUGACAGUGAUGAAUCAGUACCAGAGCUUGAGGAACAGGAUUCCACACAAGCGGCCACACAACAAGCCCAGCUGGCAGCAGCUGCUGAAAUUGACGAAGAACCAGUCAGUAGAGCAAAACAGAGCCGGAGUGAAAAAAAGGCACGGAAGGCUAUGUCCAAACUGGGUCUUCGGCAGGUCACAGGGGUUACCAGAGUCACUAUCCGGAAAUCGAAGAAUAUCCUAUUUGUUAUCACAAAACCAGAUGUCUACAAAAGCCCAGCUUCAGACACCUACAUAGUUUUUGGGGAAGCCAAGAUCGAGGAUUUAUCUCAGCAAGCACAGCUAGCAGCUGCUGAGAAAUUCAAAGUUCAAGGUGAAGCUGUCUCAAACAUUCAAGAAAACACACAGACUCCAACUGUACAAGAGGAGAGUGAAGAGGAAGAGGUUGAUGAAACAGGUGUGGAAGUUAAGGACAUAGAAUUGGUGAUGUCACAGGCAAAUGUGUCAAGAGCAAAGGCAGUCCGAGCCUUGAAGAACAACAGUAAUGAUAUUGUAAAUGCUAUUAUGGAAUUAACAAUGUAACUGUCUGAAAAUGAGGACUUUUUUUGGUGUUUCAAAAGAGCAACUACAGCUUGGUCUGAAAUUUGUACUGUUUCUAUCAUUAAUAAAGUUACAGCUUCUUGGAUGAA